CCCCCCGCAUCCAUCAUUCGCGGCGGCUCGGGUGUCGGGCGCCUCCCUCGCCGGGGCGCGGGGGGGCGGCUCGGGCGCUGAUCGGUCUCCGGUCGCCGCGAUGCCGGGGCUGCAGCCGCCGUCACAAUGAGCAAUGCCGCGGGCGGCGGGGAGCGCGGGCUGCGGGCGGGCAAGGACGGGGAGCCGCCCGCCCGCCCCGCCGCCCUGCUGCGCUGGGACGAGGUGCCCGAGGACUUCGUGGAGUGCUUCAUCCUCUCGGGGUACCGGCGGCUGCACUGCUCGGCGCAGGAGUGCGUGGCCUCGGUGCUGCAGCCCACCAACGAGACCCUCAACUUCUGGACGCACUUCAUCCCGCUGCUGCUGUUCCUGAGCCGGUUCGGGCGGCUGCUGCUGCUGCGGGGCGCGGGGGACCUGCCCUUCCACCACCCGGCGCUGCUGCCGCUCUGGUGCUACGCCUCGGGGGUGCUGCUCACCUUCGCCAUGAGCUGCACGGCCCACCUCUUCAGCUGCCUCUCCCCGCGCCUCCGCGCAGCCUUCUUCUACCUGGACUACGCCUCCAUCAGCUACUACGGCUUCGCCAGCACCGUGGCUUAUUCCUACUACCUGCUGCCGGGGCUGAGCCUGCUGGACGCGGGUGCCAUGAGCCGGCUGGUGCAGCAGCGGCUGGGCUGGCAGCUGGACUGCGCCGUGCCCAUCGCAGCCUACCGCGCCAUGGUGCUGCCCGUGGCCUUGGCCUUGGCCGUGGGCUGCACGGCCGCCUGCUGCCGCAGCCGAGCCGCCUGCUGCGCCUACCCCUUCGCCGUGCGCACCUUCGUCUUCGCCAUGCCGCUCAGCAUGGCCUGCCCCAUCAUGCUCGAGAGCCUCUUCUUCGACCUCCGCACGCGCAACCCCACGCUCUUUGUAUACUUCUACCGACGCUACUUCUGGCUGCUGGUGGCCGCCUUCUUCAAUGUUAGCAAAAUCCCCGAGCGCAUCCAGCCAGGGCUCUUCGACAUCGUGGGGCACAGCCAUCAACUGUUUCAUAUCUUCACCUUCCUCAGCAUCUAUGACCAGGUGCACUACGUGGAGGAUGGGCUGGCCGAGUUCCUCAAGGCGCCCCUGGCUGCCCCCACCUACCUGGGCACCGUGGGCUACAUGCUGCUCCUGACGCUCUGUUUGGCCAUGGUCGUCAGGAAGUUCCUCAAUGUCGCAGACCUCUGUAAGCAGGACUAGCCAGGCUGGUGGCCCUCAGGCCAGCGACCACCCUACCGGUGACCUUUGGUCUGGAGACUCUCUGGCCCGUGACCUUCAGACUGGUGACCCUUGGGCUGGAGACCUUCUGGCUCGUGACCUUCAGACUGGUGACCCGCAGACCAGCCCCACCAUCUCCUGAAGAUGCUGUGAAACCUGGGGGAAACACACCUGUGGAAGGGCCAGGUCUUCUUUGUGGAGGGUUGCCAGAGAAAAUGCCGACGGCAGAACUGCUUGUGUUCUCUAAACUACUAGGUUACCAGGGGAAGCAAGCAAACGCUUACUGAUAAGAACAGCAUUUACUGACACUUGAUGAUGCCCUGCCCGUUGCUGGGGCUUGGAAGCUGCCCUGCGAAGACUGAAGUGCUUUGCUCCUCUCUGUCUGCUGCUGCAAGAUUCAUCCGUGGGACUGCCUGAGCCACAGUGCCUCUGUGCACACGGGAAUGCUGCUGGCACCUCUUAACCUCUGCCUCCGAGGUUCCGGGACAUCCCAAUAGCAGUUGCACCUCACCCACAUAAUUACUCUUGCAAAUUUAGCAAGCCUGGAUCCAGGUCAUUCUACUGCUUUCUUCAUCCAGCACUGCAGAAAGGAGUACAGGUAUUACAU